ACCUGCAGCAGUAACAAAAUGCCGGGUGGCAGCGGUGGUGGCAGUGGCUACGAAGAGGUGGCCGCCGCCAGACGUGGUCGCUUUCAUGUGACCUCAACGGCAGCGCAAGGACCGCCAGAGACGACCUUCGGGCGAUUUCGUCUAAUGCCCACGUCUAAUUAUGGUGCCAUUUCACCCAUAUUGCAACGUGGUCGUUUCGCUGUCAUCCCCGAGGAACCGCAAGGUUCACCGGCGCAAGGCACGCCACCAACGGAGCGUUCGGUGCGUUCGCCUUCGCCGGAAUGGGAUUUCGACAUAGAUCAGGUAAGUGUAAAAGUGCAUAAAUUACUUUUGUUUAUAUGUAUGUAUUUAUAAGUUUGUAUCCACCCAAUUAUUUAUUCAACAUCCUUUCCUCUGCCGAGGAGCAACUGUACUCAGCAGCUAACUUUUGCUGGCGCCUAAGAGGAUUUAAGGCCUUGAUAUUUACUAAGAAAAGUAUACUGUUUCCCAAUUAAUUACUUGUGCAUACAUAUC